GCCUGCCGCGGAGUUCGGUCACAUGACCCGCCCCGGAGUCAGCCUGACCAAUUCCAAUAUGGUGGCCAGCUUGGCAGGUCUUCGCUUGCUGUUGAUGAUAUUGUUGAUGGUAUUGUUGUCGUGCGGGAUCCGGUUGGGCUUGUGCGACCAGGCGGGGCCGGCGGCGGCCCCGCCGCCCGUCGUGCGCCUGCGCCCGGAGGACCCCGCGGGCCGCGUGUGGAUGAAGGCGGGGAUCAUCUCGGCGCCCCGGGGAUUCUCGUUCAAACUGCGGCUCUUCGGCACCGGCCUGAGGAACCGGACCUGGCCGUGGCUGGCCUUCGCGGCCGGGGAUGCGCUCGGGGACCCGUGCGGGGACGACGACAGACGGCGGCAGGCCGCCUUCCAGGUGAAGCAGCCCUUCGUGGCGGCGGCCGAGGAGGAUUGCGGCGGGCUACUGACGGUGGAGGUCAAGCCGGGGAGCGGCGGCGGCGGCGGCGCCGAACAGCAGAACCUCCAUCACGUGUGCGUGGAGAGCGGUGGCAUAUGGACCUCGGCCGGUGAGGACAGGCUGCGCGUGGCCGCGGACGAGCCUCUGCCCCCCGAGCCCAUCCCCGCGUGGGGCCUGGCGGUGUUGGUGCCGAUGCUGGUGCUCGUCUGCGGGCUGCUAAGGACGGUCCAACUCAGCUUGCUGUGGCUCGACCCGGUCGAGCUUUACGUGCUGCACAGCUGCGGUUCCGAGGAGGAGAAGCGCGCUGCCAAGCGACUGGAGCCGGUCAGGAGGAGAGGGAACUUCCUGGCGUGCUCGCUGCUCUUCCUCUGCGUCCUGGGUCACUCGGCCUCGGCGGUGCUGCUGUACCGGGCGUUGGGCUCGGUGGCGGCGGCCACCUUCGCCGCCGCCUUGGCGCUCUUCUUCCUGGCCGAGCUGCUGCCCCACGUGGUGUGCUCCGGCCACGGCUUCCGGCUGGCCCCGGGCCUCACCUGGCUGGCCCAGGUGAGCAUGGUGCUCACCUGCCCGCUCUCCUGCCCCUUGGGCCUGGUGCUGGACCUGGCGCUCAGGCGCGACAUCAGCACCUGCUGCAUCCGCGAGCGGGCCAUGGAGAUGAUCCGCACCAGCGUCAACGACCCGUACAGUGAGUUUGUGAAGGAGGAGUUCAGGCGCGGGGCGCUGCGCAGCAAGACGGUGGAGGACAUCUUGACGCCGCUGAAGGACUGCUUCAUGCUGCCCAGCUCCGCCCUGCUGGACUUUGCCACCAUGUCGGACAUCAUGCAGAGCGGCUACACGCAGGUGCCCAUCUACGAGGAGGAGAGGUCCAACAUUGUGGAGAUCCUCUACGUGAAGGACUUGGCGCUGGUGGACCCCGACGACUGCACGCCCAUGACCACCAUCACCAAGUUCUACAACCACCCUCUGCACUUUGUCUUCAACGACACCAAGCUGGACGCCAUGCUGGAGGAGUUCAAGAAAGGAAACUCCCACAUGGCCAUCGUGCAGAAGGUCAACAACGAGGGCGAGGGCGACCCCUUCUACGAGGUGCUGGGACUGGUCACCCUGGAGGACGUCAUCGAGGAGAUCAUCAAGUCGGAAAUUUUGGACGAGUCCGAUGGCUACCUGGACAGGAAGGUGAAGCGUCCUCUGCCCCCCCUGGAGAUCCCCCUGGAGCCUCGGGCCACCCCCGACGAGUUCUCGCUCUUCAAGACGCCCGAAGGCGAGCCCAAGAUCAGGACGUCGCCGCAGCUGCUGCUGGCCACUCACCGCUUCCUCUCCAGAGAGGUGGAGCACUUUGGCCCGGCGCGCGUAUCCGAGAAGAUCCUUUUCCACCUCCUGCGCCACCCCAGCGUCAACCAGGAGGUGCACUUUGACCCGGGCAACCGCCUCAGCCCCGCCCACUAUCUGUACACGCGCAACCACCCGGUGGACUACUUCAUAUUGCUGCUGCAGGGUCGAGUGGAGGUGGAGAUCGGCAAGGAAGGCCUGAAGUUUGACAACGGCGCCUUCACCUAUUACGGCGUCUCGGCGCUCACGCUGCCAUCCUCAGUGCAUCAGUCGCCGGUGUCGAGUCAACGUCAGUCUCCGCGAGAUCCGUUUGAUGCGCCCGAGGCCACCACGCCGUCCACUUACUGCCCGGACUACACGGUCCGAGCGCUCACCGACCUGCAGCUGGUCCGGGUGACCCGGCUGCAGUACCUGAACGCCCUGAGGGCGUCGCGGGGGGCGGCAACCAGCCCAGACCCGCCGGAGAUCAAGAUCCUUCCCAACAGUCACACCAAACUGCUCAACGAGAGGAACGCGGCGGCGGCGGCGCAAGCUUGCGCAGAUGCAACAGAAAUCGACCAAGACCAGGAAGAAGGCGGCGACGAGGCCCGUGCGUAGCGAUCGCCUCUUUAAGCAGCGUUGGCCUGAUUGGACGAGACUGCGCUCCAUUUCGUUGAUGUCAUUGUAGUUAUCAUCAUCAUUAUUACCAUUCCGUUUUGUAAACACUGUGUGUACAUUUUUAUUAUUUGCUUUUGGUGACUUGGGCUGGUGCCUUUCUUCCAAGUUUAACAUUGCCAUUGGUCACUUUUGCUGUUUGCGUGCCAAAUCGUGUGUGUGUGUGUGUGUGUGUGUGGUGUGUGUGUGUGCGUGCGCGCGUCCGUCCGUCCGAUCAGAAAGCGAGCCGCUCGAUCUAGGCCGGAUAGUCACGUGACCUGUCGGGCUGGUUUCCGUGGUUACGCCCAGGGGGUGCUCUGGCUUUGGCGAUGCCAAGUGCUUGAUAGGAAUUUUCUUUGCCAAACAUCUCACAGGACAAACACAUAGAAUCUUGAAGGACACUUUCAAAACGAUCCCAUUCCACAUUUGAAGUUGCUGUAGCUAGCUAGUGUCUUUGUAGUUGUAGUUUUGUUUGUUGCAACAACAGUUUUGAUUGCGUGGGACGUUUUGACUCAUCCUUAACUGGAAGCCCAAGUUAGCACCUUGAACCUCGUCCCAUUUUCUCUCUGCGUGAGUGUUAGCAUCAGCAUGCUAACUGACUGAAGUCGUAGCCCACAUUGCAUUGCACAAUGCACAGUAUUUUAUUUUAUUUUUUUAAUUGGGCACCAGCUGACUCUAGUUCUCAAAAUGAAAGCAUGCCAAAGCUUUUGCCAAAGCUAAUGAGACGCGUUUAGCAACCUGGAAGUCGCUUUGGAUGUCCUUUGAAUGGACUUGACCAAUUGACCUUGAACCAUAAGCCCAACGUGCUAACUUGAGCUCUCUUGCCUUUGCUGGUCAUUACGAAGGUACUGAGGCUAAGAAAGUUUGCGGCUAUACUAACAUUUGUCACGUUGAAUGGGUCACCACCUUGUAAUUUUGUGCGCGGCUAAGAUAAGAUAACCUAAGAUACGGUCGGACAAUCGAUGUUUAACAAUUUAACAAGACUAACUUUUGUUUUGGUACUUUUCUGAAGGUGAAUCCAAUGACAAACUGAGCGUUUGGGCCUGAUUUAGCAAUUGGCUUGUUAAGCAAGUAUCACGUUGCAUGUUCUCUCAUUCUGUGUGUUUGUUCUCCCUCUUGGAACUUGGUAUGCUGUCAUCAUCUCCCAGCAGAAAAUCUUGCUUGAUUUCAAGAUUUGUUGAAAUAGUUUUUCUUUUUUUGUAUCAAAAGUGAAUGUAUAAAAGAAAACUGUCAGCCAGGGGUGCAAGUAUUUUGAAGUUAGAGAAUGGUUUUUAGAGGAGCUUGAACUUGUUCAAUCACGUUCCUUUUUUAUAGUUUUAUCUGCAGCCGCCAUGUGUGAUUUAAUACUUUUAAUGAUUCCAUUUUCCUAGGAAAUAAAGUCAACCCUGUUCUAAAUUCA